AUGCUAUAAUCAGAUUAUGUGAUAUAUAGUUUUGGUGCAUUGCAGAGUUUCAACAGUUAAGAAGAUGUAUGAAAGAACAAUAGCUAAGUGCCUGGUACGAUUAUUACUCAUCUACCGGGGCGGGUGUUCCGCUUUUUAGUCCACUGAGCAGUCCUUGUGCAAGGGUCGCAUUUACACCUUUACAGCUUUUGAUAGAUUCCCGCUCGCUCACGACAAAGAAAAAUUCAGAGGCUGUAACCGGAAGUACAGUUUAGGAGGAAUAGUUAGCUGGCUGAUUAGCCAGACAUUCAUUUGAACAUAGACAGGGAAAGGGUGAUGGCAACAUCCAUUUAGGGUACAGAGAGACCUGCCGUUGAAGAAUAAAUAGAAAGGGGCCGGUUGAGGACGAUAAACCGUGUCAUCGAAGUAGAGAGGCGAGGAAGUAACGUUAGCCCUCUACAACCUCUGGCUAGCUACCAACUGUAGGGAGGUUGCUAGCCAGCAAAAAUAUAGACAGUAAAAAGACAACAUGGCUGACUCCAGCAGCAGUAAACCCUUCAUGGUGACUUCCUCCAUCAACCUCAAAGUCACCACCCCCUCCUUCUACAACCAGCCAAAGAAGUUUGCCUCGGUCAACCCGCCGCGCCCCAAAAGCCAGUCCGACCCGUGGCCUCCCCCGGGCUCAACUCCUCCCGCAGGUCCCUCUCCUCCCCCCAGCCUGGUCUCAACACGCGGUGUCGGCACAGCUGUCAUUGGUCGAGUUGGAGUGAUGCCUCCACCCCCACCAUCGCUCUGCGAAGACUUCCCGCCCCCUCCUCCUCCGUUGGACGAUGAGCUGCCAGCCCCUCCCCUCAACUGUGCAACCACACCCCCAGCUUCUGAUGCUCCUCCCCCCGCCUUCCCUCCCCCUCCCGCGGUGGAUGACCUGCCCCUCCCCCCCGCCCCGCUUGAAGAGAAUGCCUGUCUCCCCCGUUCCCCGUCUCCCCCUCCUCCACCACCCCCUCCCCCUCUCCCAGUCUCUGGUCCCAGCAGUGUCCCCAGUGCUGGGGAGAACUUUCAGCGUCUGGCAAAGCAGACUAGUUUUGACAAACAGCUGGAUUCUCUGACUGACCUGCUGUCUGAGAUGGAGACCAGAGGACCCUUCAACCCCAAGUUGCCCAGUCAGUACUCAGCUCCUCCUCCUCCUGCCCCCAAGCCUGCAGGUCCUCCCCCCACUGCUCCCAAGCCCAACCUCUCCUUCCUCCCCCCUCCAGAGAUGGGAGACAAGCCCCCUCCCGCUCCCUGGGCCGAGGAGCUCAAACUCCGGACGACACACAGACAAGCCAAUAACCCUAUAUCCGCCCCAGUUCCUGCUCCUGCCCCACAGCCAUUUGCUAAAGCCCCAGUCGUGGCUCCUAAGGCUUUUGGGGGCAUGAAAACGGGGACGUCCGUGUCUCCUGUGGGGCUGAAGAACCAGAACCACGCCCCGGCUCCAUUUGGUGUUGCUCCUAAACCUUCCCCUGCAGCCAGCUCCUUCCCUCCUCCUCCUGCCGCUCCUCCUGCCGUUCCUCCCGCCCCACCAGCCAACAAAGUGGCUCCCCCAGCCUUCAAUCACUCAAAACCCUCUUCCAUUGACUCUCAGAUGACUGUGAGCCUGCCCCCUCUUGCUCCCGUGCCGCCUCCUCAGCCCAAAGCGAUGACAUCACCACCUUCUUCUUUCAGCCAGCCAAUGAAAUCUCCCCCUUCAUCAAAGCCCUCUCCUCCUGGGCCUGUCUCUGUCCCCCAGCCCUCUCCUCCUGGGCCUGUCUCUGUCCCCCAGCCCUCUCCUCCUGGGCCUGUCUCUGUCCCAGGUGGAGGUGUUCCUCUCUCCAUGAGGGAGGUGGAGGAGCUGGAGAGAAUGACCAAUGCAUUCAUCAAAGACAUGGACACACACGCUCCCGUCAUCACCUCAGCACCAACAGAGGUAUGUGGUAAGUGUGGUGAGGCUCUGUCUCGUUCCCAGCCUGCAGUGAGAGCCAUGAACAAACUCUUCCACUCUGACUGUUUCUGCUGUAUGAGCUGCCAUCGCCCCCUGCAGGGCAUGCAGUUCUACGACAAGGACGGGACGCCACAGUGUGACGACUGCUACACUAGUUCUCUGGCGGUGUGUUCUCGGUGUGGGGAGCGUAUUACAGACCGUGUGUUGAAGGCGGUGGGCCAGUGUUUCCAUGCCCAUUGUUUCCGCUGCUGCACCUGCGCCUGCAGCCUGGAGGGGGCGCCCUUCAUCACAGACGACAACAACAACCCAUACUGUGUCCCAGACUACCACAGGCGUUUCUCUCCCCUGUGUGUGAGCUGUAAUGAGCCCAUAGUUCCUGACGCCGGCAGUCAAGAGACCGUCAGAGUCGUGGCCCUCGACAAGAACUUCCACCUCAAGUGCUACCGCUGUGAGGAUUGUUCCCGCCCCCUCUCCAUAGAGGCGGACGCAGACGGCUGCUACCCAUUGGACGGCAGGAUCCUGUGCAUGAAGUGCCACACCCAGCGGGCCAAGGCUAUGCAGUGAUUGGUGGACACAUCUGUUAUUCAAGUCAAACUUUGAACCAAAUCCAAGACGGGAUCCAUUCAGCUUCCACCAUUCUGUCUUUGCAACAGGGCUUUACUUGUGCGCUGUGAGUGAGUGAGUGAGUGAGUGAGUGAGUGAGUGAGUGAGUGAGUGAGUGAGUGAGUGAGUGAGUGAGUGAGUGAGUGAGUGAGUGAGUGAGUGAGUGAGUGAGUGAGUGAGUGAGUGAGUGAGUGAGUGAGUGAGUGAGUGAGUGAGUGAAAGCGAGUAUGUUUGCAUGCAGAUGUCGUUAUGUCUCUCUCCUCUUUCUGCUUAUUCCCCCUCUCAGUCCAGAGGUAAUGUACUGCACUGAGAGACUCCAUUCCUCCUGCCCUUCUCCCCUUGUGUUAAUGCCAGUGUUAUCAAGCCAUUUUUUGUUUAAAUUCCCAGCAUGACUUGCACAAGUAUAGCUUCGUCAUGGGCUGUCCCAACAGUCAAAGAUGGUUUCCUCUCCUCUUCUCUCUCCACUGAUAGGAAAACAUGUUGAGAAGGUUUCAGCCUUAACUUUGAUUUGUCUUUCACUUUUCAGUGGUACGGAAGGAAAAGAGUGGAAGUAUUUCAGUCAGACAUAGUAACAGUAAGAUGAAGUUGACCCUAAAUGCUGAUCUUGGGUCAGUCUUGCAAUCCCCCCUUACUGAUUAUGGUUAGAUCUUAGAUCUGUGCCUACUGGCAACUUUUCCCAGAAGUUUAGUGUAACCCCCUGACCCCAGUGCACGAGGAGUUGAACAAAGUUUAAGGUGGACUAAUUCAUGUUCCCCUGCACCUCCCAUAGGGCUGAGCUCAGGUGGGCUGGUGGCACAUGAAGCACUUUGGAGUGCCUGCAAACAUACAAGUUACUUAACUGCCUUUAGAGAGUGCUUUCUAGAGAACUACAUAUCCCACCAGACACAAUGUAGCAGAGCAGUGUGCUGUAGGAAAUGUAGUUCCUCUUGGGCUAAAAACUGAGUGCAAAAAAACUACAAAAAUAUGUGAAUGUCGCUCUCGUUUGUUUUUGUUGUGUGCGUUUGUUGCUUUAUAGGCAUGCAUAGCUACAGAUCACUGUCAGUUACUCUCACCAGUUUGUCAAGCACAGAAUGAGGGUACAAUACGAUCAAAAUGACCAUUUAUUUCUUUGUCAAAAGAAUCGAAGAUUAAAAAAAGUUAGCCCAGCACAGAUUCCAUUCCUAUGAUCUCCUCAUGUUAAAUAGAGUGCUGUAGUUUAAAGAGGACCACAUGGCUUAGAACAGAACCUACGCUACAGGCAGAAGUUGCUCUUAACCGCUAGGAUCAGAUUACCCUACCCCAUCCCUAAUCUUAAUUUAAAGGGGAUGGAGGGAAAAUGUCAGAUCCUGCAUCAGUAGUUAGGGGCAACCAGGACCUACAGUAUAAUCCUAUCAUCCUCAAUGAAGCGCUCUUGAACGCAUACUUAUCUAGUGUGCAGGCGAGUUAAGAUAUCUAAUGAUUAACAUAGAGAUAUUAACUCUCAUUAAUUCAAUUCACCUAAAGGUAAACUCAUGGAUUUUUGCACUAUACACCUGCAUUUACAAAUGCUUAGUAUUUUGGGCAUUUGCAGCUCUCUGAAUAACAUAAUAGAACUGGCUCUGAAUCAGGGUUUUAAGUAUUAUAAACAUGCAACAGAUCAAAUGGCCAGUCUGUUUUCCAGUAGAGUGUAGUAGGUCAUUGACUGUAGCAGUAGCAUGUAGAUCAAACCAAUACAGUUCAAGGUGAUGGUAACACGUCACUCAAACGCAUCACACUUUAAAUUCACUGCCAAGUUUUAAUCAUGUUUUGUGUGCUUUACACAGUAUAUUGUCCCUCUUCCUUUCUCAUAAUACUCCAAUGACUACCACUGUUUCCAUUAUUCCGCUUAGUGUUCUUUUAUGUCUCGAUAUCAGUUAUAUUUACUCUGCUUGUAAUCUUACCAUACUGUAUUUCAUUGAUAAGUACUUAUUUUCAGUUAUUUUUCUGUGAAACUCUUCUUUCUGUGAGUUGCCAUUUCCACCCUAGUAUUCCUCUCUCUCCUGUUCAGACUGGUUUGGCACCGAACACCCAUCCUUAUUACAAUCCUCAGUCUGGCAUAGCAACACAACCCUAAUGACCAAACUAACAUCCUAAACCAUAUGGCCAAAUACGACUCCAUAUACAUGUUAUCUGGGUCGUCGGUAUCAUCUUUAGUAUUCUCAGUUGUUUUCCUUUUUUUAUUUGCCCACAUGAUUCCACCCUUGUGACCUUUGUCUUCUGUCAGACCAUUGGUGUGUGAUGAUGCCUUCAAAAACACCACGUUGCUCAUUUAUUUCAUGAUGAUUGCCUUGUUCUUUUCAUAUAGUUUUGAUAAAUUCCUCUUAUAUUUGUGUGUUUACGGUUCCAAACACGCCAACAUUAAUUACCUGUACAUGUCAUUAUUUUACUGUACUCAAAAUAAAACUGCUAAUAGCCUAAAUCCUGUGUGGUUUUAUUGUGCCUGUUUGGCAUUUGCAAUAAUUAAAGGUCUUUACCCCUGGAA